UUGUCAUCGAAUUGGACAAACCAAACCUGUUCUUGUUAUUCGUUUAAUUACAAAUGAAUCAGUUGAUGAAAAUAUUUUACAACGAUCUCAAACAAAACGUUGGUUAGAACGUUUACUUCUGAAUCAUCGUAUAUCGAAUGUGAAUCCUUCAUUGUAUGACAAAUCGUUUAGCAAGGAUUGUCAAUCGUAUCAAUUAACUACUGAUACUACUACUACUACUACUACUUCUACUACUACUACUACUAAUAAUAAUAAUAAUAAUGAUAAUAUUAAUAAUAAUAAUAAUAAUGAGAAG